AUGCUUCGAAUAUACUCAAAUCAUUCAAUGUUUCGAUUAAUCUAUCGAUCAAUGUCAUCCUUACCUACAUAUGAAACAUUGAAAUUAAGUCAACCGAAACCACAUGUAACUCUUGUUGAAUUAAAUCGACCAACAAAACUAAAUGCUAUGAAUAAACAAUUAUUCGAUGAUUUGAAAACAUGUUUUGAACAAUUAAGUAUUGAUAAGACAUGUCGAGCUAUUGUAUUAACUGGUGCUGGUAAAGCAUUUAGUUCUGGUAUUGAUAUUAAAUAUUUAACAGUCCUUGCUGUUACUGAACUUGGUCAAAUUGAUGAUACAGGACGAAAAGCAUUACAUCUUCGACGUAUGAUACAACGAACACAAGACUGUUUAAGAGCAGUUGAUAAAUGUGAAAAACCAGUUAUAGCUGCUAUUCAUGGUCAUUGUAUCGGUGCUGGUGUUGAUUUAUCAGCUUGUUGUGAUAUUCGUUAUAGUUCACGUGAUACAAAAUUUUCUAUUAAAGAAGUUGAUAUGGGUUUAGCAGCUGAUGUAGGUACUUUACAAAUUUUACCUCAAUCAAUUACUAAUCAUAGUCUUUUUCGUGAACUUGUUUUUACAUCACGAACAUUUGAUACUAAUGAAGCACAACAAAUUGGACUUCUUAGUCGUAUAUUCGAUACUCGUGAAGCUCUACUUGAUGCCGCUAUAAAUUUAGCAAAUGUAAUUGCUCGCAAAAGUCCUGUAGCUGUACAAGGUUCAAAAAUAAACUUAAAUUAUGCUCGUGAUCAUACAAUAGAUGAUAAUUUUAAUUUUGUGAGUACAUGGAAUAGUAGUAUGUUGAUGACUGAAGAUAUUGUUAAAAGUGUUAUGGCAUCAACAGCAUCAAAAGAACAAAGUAACAAAAAUACAUCAAAUGAAGUUGAAUUUGAAGAUGUUUAA